AUGGUUGAGCCUGGCUACCACAAAGCACCCUCUAAGGUGGUUUCUAUCCCUGUUCACUUCGUGGGUUUAAAGUGCACUGGAACCGAAUUUGCCACAAAGAUCCAGAGGGUGUUGAGAGAUUUUCUGGUGAGGAACACCUUGAGGAAGAUCGCUGCCAUGAGGGUGGAGUUGGAGCGUGUAACAUCCCAUUUUUCAGGUGUCACAGAGCGGAUUGAGAGCGAGGUUCGGGUGAAAGUGAUGAAAUUGAAGAGGGAACAAAGGGAGAGGAUGAGGCUCUACGAGACCAUCAUGAACUUGCUUCUCAAGUUGGAUUUUGUUAAGGUGUUGUUACACUACUCUGGCCUCAGAGAGUGCAGAAAGUCUCUCAUCAACAAAGCUAUUGCCCUUCAAGAAUUUCUUGAUCAAGUGACUAUUCUCCAUUUUGAAGAGAAGGAGGGUGAGUGUGUGGGAGAAGAGAAUUGUUUGGUGGAGGAAGAGAAAAGUAGUGGAGUGGAAACUUUCAAGAGUGGGGAGGGUGAAUGUGUUGGAGAAGAUAAUUGUUUGGUUAAGGAAGAGGAAGAUGAUGGAAUAGAAACUUUGAGGAAUGGGGAGGUAGAAAAGGAGAAGGGUAGGUGCAUGGAAGAAGAAAGUAUUGGGUUGGGAACAAGAUUGGUAGAGGAAGAGGAGGGUGAAAAUAGAUGUGAGGAGCAAGAGGAAGAAGAUGAGGAAAUUGAAGCUUUGAAUAAUGAAGACGUGGAAGAGGAGGAUAGUGAGGGAGGAAGGGGUUUUGUUGGGGAGAAAUAUUUGGUGAAAGAGAAGGAUGGAGAAGGAAAGAAGAGGGAGUUGUUGUUGGAGAAGAUGGUGGAGGAUAACCAGAAGAUGAUGGAGAUGAUGGUGCAACUCUUUCAGAGGAAUGAGAUGCAGACUACACUUCUUGCAUCUCUCAAACAAAGGGUGGAGCCGCUUGAGAGAGCCUUGGCUUGUGACAAGUUGAGGAGGAAAAAAAAGAGAAAGGAUGAUGCCAAAAAUAAACAAAAUCAUCCUAAAAAUGGCUUUAUCUAA